GCCUCAGCAGGGUCAUGGCAGCUGCGGGCAGGCCCGGUCCGGGCGGUGUCCCAGCGGUGCUGCUCGCCAGCGGCCACAGCAUCCCGGUGCUGGGGCUCGGUACUUCCCACCAGGGUGGCUAUUCCCAUGCCGCAGUGGUCCAUGCCCUGCAAAAAUGUGGCAUUCGUCAUAUUGACACAGCAAAAAGAUAUGGCUGUGAAUCUCUCCUCCAAAGGGCCAUCAGAGAGAGUGGUGUCAAGAGAGAGGACCUCUGGAUAACUACCAAACUGUGGCACAGUGAUUACGGCUAUGAAAACACAAAAAAGGCCUGCUCGGAGUCGUGUGAAAGACUUGGUGUUGAAUAUCUUGAUCUUUAUUUGAUUCACUGGCCUGAUGCACAAGUCCCAGGUAAAAGCAAUCGAGAGGUCCGAGCUGAAACCUGGAGAGCGAUGGAAGAGCUCUAUGAGAAAGGUUUGUGCAAAUCAAUUGGCGUAAGCAAUUUUCUUAUCAGCCAUCUUGAGCAACUGAAGGAGGACUGUGUGAUUACUCCACAUGUUAAUCAGGUUGAAUACCACCCUUUCCAAAGACCUCAGGAGCUGGUUGAUUAUUGUAGGAGCAGAAAUAUUGUUUUUGAAGGCUACUGUCCUUUAGCCAAAGGUGAAGCACUCAAUCAUCCUACUGUCACUCAGCUGGCAAAGAAGUAUGGCAGAACUCCAGCACAGAUUUGCAUACGCUGGAGCAUACAGAAUGGGAUUGUCACUAUUCCAAAGUCAACAAAGGCAGAACGGAUAGAGGAAAACUGCAAGGUGUUUGAUUUUACAAUAGCAGAAGAUGAUGUUGAAAUUCUGAAUGGAAUGCAUGAUGGGAGACAUGUUUCUUGGGAUCCAAGUUCUAUUGUGUGAAUCAAGGUGACCCUAGGCUACUGUGACAAUGACUUUGAAUUCAUCAAUAUAUUUCAGUGUUCCUUCUGUCAAAGAGAUUUUCCAAUGUUUCUGGUGUCUGCACCUGCUUUUGCGAGGAAGGCAAGCCACCCUUUUCUCAGUCUUGGUCAUGGCAUCUAAACAGUUCAGUGAGUAAUGAGGAACAAUCAGAAAUAGUAUUACUCAAAAAGCAUUCUUCUUAAGGAGUAGCUGUAGCAAGUUGCAGUUUUAAUCUUACACUUUUCUAAUUACAAUCAGGGUGAAUUGUUGUUGAUUUGGGACUUUUUUCUGCGGUGGGGUUUUUUUCAUUAUUGUUUUGUAAUCUUUCCUGGCAUUUCCAUUGCUGCCAAUUAGUGCCUUUAGAACUACAGAAAAGUUUAAUUUUAGCUAUGUACUAAGUGCGGUGUAAUUUGAGACGAUACAAGUUUUUAAGUGCCGGGACUCAGCUGACCCAAGCUAUCUUUCUCCCAGGUGUGAUGAGCAGUUUGGCACAUUGUGCCUCACUAAUAGCCAUUGUUUCCUGCUAUAAUUGCCCAAGAGUCUGAAACCCUGUUAUCUCCUGUGGCCUUGGGAUAGAUCACUGAAGCCUCUUCCUUUGACUGUGGUAUUCACAAGUUUUAUAUCAUGUUUGUUAGUUUAGAAUCAUUGAGCAAGUUCUUUUAAUUUUGGUGAGGUUGCAGAGGGAAAAACAGAAUCGACGGAUUCAUAUUUUAUGCUCCUGUCUACAACAACGUUGGGAUUACCCUGGCAGUAAUAAUUUUCUUCUUAAGCAAAGGAUGCCAAAGAAUAAGUCCACAUCACCUCAUCUAAAUGAACCUUUCUAAAGUACUCCCAACACUGAUCAAUGAAAUAAGACAACUAAUAAGAAAAUGGCAAUUGAACACUAAUGAGAUUUAGGUGUAGCGGGGAGGAGUGAUUUAUAGUAAGAGGAGCAGAACACAGAAAACCAAAAGGGUAUAAAAAACAUGGGCAUGCAAAACCAGAAAGUUUAUUUCUGUUGUUUAUUUCUUCUUUGGUCAGUUAGCCUAGAGGUGCACAUUUUUUAAGAUUUUGCUUUGUUUUAAGCUCAGAAUUUAUCCCUCAAGUAAAUUCUUGGAAUGAUAUGCAUAUUCUUCCCCAGGGUUGAAAUUCUUCCUCUUGCUCUUAUUUUUGUAAAAGAAACUUGCCCUAGAGAGAAAAAUUGUUCCCCUUUCUGCAGUGAUCCUUUUUAAGGUACAUCAAUGCAUCCAUUUCAUCUGUGUAACCCAUCAUCUUGCCAAUAGGAUCAGGGAAUACACCAGAAAACUGAAGGCACUUUUUCUUCCCUAUCAUUAUGUGAUUUAUGGUAGUGACUGAUUGGGACACUCCUUUUCAGUUGAGAUAAACCAUUACAUAAAGUAAGAUGCAAUUUAUCUGUGCUAUCUACCUAAAUGCAGUCAGCUGCCUUUGCUGGAGCUGUGUCUCCUAAUGGAAGGAAACUCUUGAAACAAAUAAGGAAAAGAAAAAUACAAACUAAAAGUCAGUGCAAAGGGUGAGGCCAUUUUCUGUGCAGCCAAGUAGCUUCCUGCCUCACUCUGAGCAGAUCCCUCUCCUAUUUUUCUUGCUUCUUUCUGGUUUUCAUCUCUUACAUUACUGGAGGUGAAGGCACCUGAGAAUGUUUCAUUGGAAAAUAAUGGAAAUGGAUUUUUGAAGUGAAUAUUCAGGAUUUUUUUUAAAAUCAGACUGCGGAAGUGUUUCUAUCACACCUGUCCCCCCAACAUGACUUCCAAGGCAUUAUUUUCUGAGUAGCACGUGUAGAAAAUAAACUGUAAUACUGGUAAGUUCACAAAUCUACUAGGCAAAGCCAACUGCAUAAUCGUCACACCUCUGCGGUUAACCCGUGCUUUUGAAAAUGGGGGUAAAGGUGGUGUAGCUCUUGCUCCUACUGAUUGAAUCCAAGGCAGUUAAAUCUUUCCACAUUGCCACGCCCCUCCCAAAGCUUUGAAGCUCACCUCUCACUGUAGUGCAUUGGGUAAAAAUAACAGAUAAGCCAACCUUCUGAUAAUGUAUUGUGUUGCUGUAUUGGGAGACUUAUUUGUACCUAGUUUUUAAACUUUUUUCAGCCUCCAGUAAGAUAUCUACACACCUGAAAGAAAAUGUUGAGUAUCUGCACUGUGUUUCCCAGUGUUGUAAUGCGUAUCCCUCUGCAGGGCACUGUAGGUGUGGCCAGAGUUGUGGGAUGUGUUGUCCAAAGGAGCACUGCAGGGAUGGAUUGUAGCAGAUCUCAGCAGCUGUGCCCAAUAGGAAUGAAUGACAAAAUGAAUCUCACAAAAAUGAAUAUAGUAAACUUUUUACAACUGCCUUUUAAAACAAAAAAGGCCAUUUAAUUAAUAUUAUUUAUAAAUAUCAAGAACUUAAAACCAGACCAUCCAAGUUAUAGAAUACUAAUACUGAAAAACUAUAUGUGCAUUAGUCUUUGCAAUGUUCCUGUGACUUUUUUUUUCUCCA